UUACAUUCCAUAUUACGUUCCAUGAUAUUUCUGUCUUUUGCAUACAAAAUACAACUUAUUCAGAUUUAACCUUUCAAGAUGAAUGACAACAUCGAGGAGGGAAUUAUCACCUACAUACAUCUGGAGAAUUUUGUGACUUAUGAUAAAGUGACAGUGAUACCAGGAAGAUAUCUUAAUGUUAUUGUUGGACCUAAUGGUUCUGGCAAAUCCACCAUUGUCGCCGCUAUAGUUCUCGGUCUAGGAGGUAAACCAAACAUCAUUGGGCGAGCCCUUCACAUAGGAGAAUAUGUGAAAUAUGGACGGGAUUCAGCAAAAAUCGAAAUCCAUCUGAAAAAUGGCUUCAAACAGGAUUCUAUAAUAACUAGGACAUUUACCAAAGAAGGAAAAUCCAUAUGGAUGAUUAAUGGUAAUCAAGCAAAUAUCAAAAAUAUACAGGAAUUCACAUCCAAGCUUAAUAUUCAAGUCAACAAUCUUUGUCAAUUUUUGCCGCAAGAUAAGGUACAAGAUUUCUCAAAAAUGGAUGCUCAAGCAUUGUUAGAAAAUACAGAAAGAUCUGUCGGAGACCCAAAACUUCUUGAGUAUCAUCUAAAAUUGAAGGAUCAAAGAGUCAAUUUUAAGAAAUUGGAAGUUGAUAUAACCAAUACAAAACGAUUAUUGGAAUCUAAAACUCAGAGACGUGAUGGAUUACAACAAACUGUUGCAACAAUAAAAGAAAAAAAGUUGAUAAAAAAAAAGAUUGUAACACUGAAGCAAAAGAAGGCAUGGAUGCUGUAUGAUCAAAUGCGGAGGAAAUUAGUAGAGUCAAAGAAAGCCAGAGAUAAAGCAGCAAAAAAAAUGCAAUUAAUAGACAAAAAAUUGCAUCCGUUGAAUAAAAAAAUUGAAAAUAUAAAGAUUGAAAUGACAACGUUGAAAAAUUCUUUAAAAGAUCAUAACAAUAAAGUUAAUGCUAAGAAUGCGAAAUUAAGAAACAUCAUGAAUGAGAUUCUUAAUUCUGAAAACAGCAUCAAGGAUGCAGAAAACAUAUGUUCUCGAAACAUUCAGGCAGAACAGACUCGAGAUCAAGAUAUUAAAUUUGCACAACAACAGAAAUCCAAACUCGAGAAUGAUUUUUCUCUUACAAUUAAUGAAAUGGGAUCAGAGGAAAGUUUAAUGGAACAAAUGCAAAAUACAGCAUUUAAUAUAGAGGAGCAUAGAAAAGGAAUUAAGAAUCUCACUAAUAAAAUUAUCACAUUGAAGCAUGAGGACGAAAACAUUAGUCGUGAAAUGAGAGCUGUGCAAGCGGAACUCCAAACAAUUAAUAUUGAUGUGAAACGAUUAGAAUUGCUGAAACAAAGAGAUGUGAACGCAUACAAGGCUGUACUUUGGUUAAAAGAAAAUCGAGACAAAUUUUCAGCAACAGUGCAUCUGCCAAUGUUACUCAAUAUUAAUGUAAAAGAGGCUUCAUAUGCCAAAUAUUUAGAAAACAUAAUACCCUUUCGAGAUUUAAUUGCAUUCACAUGUGAAAAUAAAAGAGACAUGAAUCUUUUACUUAAGUAUUUGAGGGAACAACAAAAACUGAAAAUUAAUGUUGUACAUUCUGAUCCAAUGAAAAGAGUCACAUUGCAACCGAAUAUCCCGAUAGAAAACAUACAAAAAUUUGGCUUCAAGCAUUAUUUAGUAGAGCUUAUCGAAGUACCACCCUCCAUACUGAAAUAUUUAGUCUCGAUGUAUCGUUUAAACAAUAUCCCUGUCGGGACUAAUGAAAUCGAGAAUAAUACAAAUUAUAUACCUCGCAAUUUAAAUUGUUACUUUAGUGAAAAUAAUAUAUAUUCUGUAAGUACAUCUAAAUAUACACACGAAACAUCGACCAGAAUAUCACGAGUUCAUGGAAAUGGAAUGCUAUCUAUUGUUCUAGACAAAUCUAAACUACAGAAACUUCAAGAACGAUUACAAAAUUUGCAAGAAAAAAAGAAUGAAAUUUCAAUAAAUAUUAAAGAAAUAGAAGAAAAGUUACAUUUGAAAACGAAAACAUUAGAUGAAUAUAGAGCCAACAGAAAUAAAUGUCAACAAAAUGUUCAGCAUAUUCAAGCAUUAAAAGGUAGAAUACACAUAGCUGAAGAUAGACUUAGACAGUUGGAAAUAGGCCGGAUGAAUAUUGAUGAUAUAAAAGCAACAUACACCAACGAGAUUAAGAUCAUUAUAAAGAAACAAUUAAAACUGUAUAAAGAAUAUAAUGGAAUUCUGCAAGAAUGUUUCAAUUGCAAUACAAGUAACGUAGAGGUCAAAUUUGCAAUAACGUUAUUACAACAAACUUUAUUGUUUAAAGAGACUGAAGCCGACGAAUUAAAGGAUAAGUUUAUAACAGCAGAGAAAAUAUUUAAAGAACAUGAUGAAGAAUUCCAACCUUUAAAGAAAGAAGCUGAAACAUUAUAUAAGGAAGCAUUGACAAGCACAAAUAAUCUUAGUCCACAAGAUGACGCGUUUAAAGUUUUCAAUAAAGCUUUUGAAAAAUUACCAGCUACUAUUGCUGAAAUAAACAACGAAUUAAAUAUUGCUCAAGCAAAAGUUUUUUGUAUGGCACAAAAUGUGGACGCCGAGAAUAUACUACGUGAAUAUGAAGAAAUGCAAAAUAAUAUUCACGACUUAACUGAAUUUAUCAAAAAGAAGAGUAUUUUAUUAGAGCAAAUGACAAAUGAGAUUGAGACAUUAAAAGAAAAGUGGUUACAACCAUUGCAGCAACUGAUCGAAAAAAUUAAUACGAAUUUUAGUUCUUACUUUUUUGCAAUGGAUUGUGCUGGCGAAGUUACGCUCUCACAUGGUGAGAAUAUCUUGGAUUUUGAUCAGUAUGGACUAAAGAUCAAAGUAAAAUUCCGAGAUGCGGACGAGUUGCAAGAAUUAACAAGACAUUUUCAGAGUGGUGGGGAAAGAACUGUAACUACUGCCAUUUACAUGAUAGCGCUGCAAGAAUUAUCGCGUGUGCCAUUUCGCUGUGUGGAUGAAAUUAAUCAGGGCAUGGAUGCAGUGAAUGAGAAACGAGUCUUCAAUUUACUCGUCAAAAUGACAGGAAGGCCAGGCAGCUCCCAAUAUUUUUUGCUUACACCGAAACUUCUGCCUAAGUUAUCAUAUACUGAGACAGUAACGGUACAUUGCGUCUUUAACGGGACAGUUAAGGCGGAUAAUGAAGAUUUCGAAUUCGAUGUAAAGGAUUACUGCAAUCAUCUCGUAUCAUCUGAUGAAUAGAAAUCACAUGUUUUUUU